AUGAAACGAGCAGUAUGUCAGACGCUUUGGAAGCUUGUGCAAAGGCAGACGUACACAUGUCUGUCGUCCCGGUAUGGAAUAUGGCUCUGUAUCGGAGGCUUGUUGUUGACCUUGAUCUCCGCAUUUCAGUUUGGAGAAGUUUUUCUCGAAUGGAGUAUGCAGAAGUAUGCAGUCACGUUUAAUGCCUACCACGACAACAUUCUUGGAAAUUCGUAUCAGAACAGGCUUUGUCUUCCGUUACCGAUUGAUAUCGUGUAUACAUGGGUAAACGGAAGCGAUCCCAAGUUGCUCGCAGACUUACAGAAACUCAAACUAGAAAUUGAAUUACAACAAAAUCAGACGAGAUUGAACGAAAUAGAAAAGAUGAGAAGGGAAACAAACGCUACGGACGAGGAAAUUAGUAAGAUUAUAGCUGCAAAAGCUGUAAAAUCGAAGGAGAAGGAGAAGAAGGACAAAGGAGGAGCAGGAAAAAGUGAAGAUAAAAUUGAAAACUCUCGCUGCCCAUUUGAAAAUUGCGUUCCUGCCUUUUGUGUUAUUGUAGAGAACGGUCUCCCUAGUGAUGUUCAUCUAUCACAAAUACGCGCGAUCGAUUCCUCGUUCGCGAAAGCAACGAAUUAUUACAACAUAUCUUCAUCUGGUCCAAAAAAAGAACACGUGGGUGUAAUUCAAUUCCGUGGGAAAAGCGACACCAAUGACGCUUUGAAAAUCAAGAUCCGACUUCAGGAGAAGAGUUUUCAAAGUAAAGAGGGUUACUUCACAAGUGAUGCAUCACGGCCUAAUGCAGUGAACAGUGACAAAGAAGUCAUGAUUUUAAACUUAAAAGGAGAGAUUGAAGUUGAAAAGGUCAAGAAGGAUUUGAAAGACCACUUUGGAGACAAAUUUGUCAAUUUGAUUUUUCAUGCUGACAAACUUAUUGGUGUAGCAUACUUUGCUGAUAAGACCACGGCCUCUUCUGCUUUGAAACUAACUUUGCUAGUGAAUGGUAAAUCUUUAACAUUAACCCCUGCACUCUUGAUCUGGGGUUCAUUUUCUGCAUCACAUGGCACAGAUACUGAUGAUAAGGAAGAUGCUGACAUUUCAGCGAGUCGUUUUGCAGAUAAUGAAGAGCUGAAAUAUUCUCUCCGUUCAGUUGAAAAACAUGCACCAUGGGUGCGCAAAAUUUUUAUUGUCACAAAUGGCCAAAUACCAUCUUGGCUCAACUUAGAUAAUCCUCGCCUUAAAAUAGUUACCCAUGAAGAACUCUUUCUGAAUAAGAGCCAUCUUCCAACGUUUAGUUCUCCAGCCAUUGAAUCCCACCUUCAUCGUAUCCCUGGUUUAUCACCAAAGUUUAUCUAUCUUAAUGAUGAUGUUAUGUUUGCUGAUGAUGUUUGGCCAGAUGAUUUCUACACUCAUGCUAAUGGACAAAAAAUAUAUUUAACCUGGCCUGUCCCAAACUGUAAUGAGGGCUGA